AAAAGAAGAGAUUUAGUUUCUUGAAAACUAAAAGAAGCUGGAAUACUUGUCACUGAAGACGAAGCACAGAAAUUCAGAGAAAAUGAUGUGGAUGGGGAAACAAUAGAAUGUGGCCUCACAGAGAACAUGAUCUCAUAUUUAUUUCAAGGCUCCUUUAAAAAACAGGCCAAGUUUAACAAAUUUGUACACGAAAUGAAGGAGGUGGUAACAAUAACACUAGAAACCGUGCCAGCAGAAUCCUAUCAACAAACUUCGACUACAGAAAUAAAUGCAACUAGUGGUAGACUGCCUUCUGGAUUUGCCAUUCCACUAUUUCCUAGAGAUCUUCAGGCCAAGCUUGAUAACAAAGAACCAUGCCAGAAGUCCUCUAAGGAUAGACACAGAAUCAUUAGAGUUCUUCAUGAAGCCAUGAUAGAACACACAAUGUAUCCAACCAAUGCAGAAUAUGUGCAGGUGGCAAAAGCACUUAUCGUGAAAUACCCUUUCCUAAAGGAUCUUGAAGGGAAUGGCUAUCACACUUGGCACCAGUCCCUCAAACGCAAAUUUAAAGCUGAGCAUGCACCUCUGGUCCAUGAUGAUGAGGUAAGAAAGAGUAAGGAGAAGUUUGGGCACAAAAAAGUGAGACUCUGA